AUGUGGCCCCAACCCUAUCUCCCUCCCCACCCCAUGAUGUCAGAAGAAACUCGACAGAAAAAAUUGGCAGCAGCCAAGAAAAAGCUAAAAGAAUAUCAGCAGAGGAACAGCCCUGCUGUUCCAGCAGGAGCGAAGACAAAAAAGAAAAAAACUGGCAGUAGCCCUGAGACAACCACUUCUAGUGGUUGCCACUCACCUGGGGAUAGCCAGUACCAAGAACUAGCAACAGCCCUGCAGUCAAGCUCCAUGACAAUCAGUCAACUCAAUGAAAACAUAGAAUCAUUGAUAAGAAAACAGCAGAAGGAACAACUGGAACAUCAGCUGGAAGAAGCAAAGAAAGCAAACAAUGAAAUACACGAAGCACAAACGGAGCAGUUAGAGGUGAGCAUCAACAUCCUCACAUUGGAAAAGGAAGACUUGAAGACCGCCCUUUACCAUACUAAACGUGCUGCCCGACACUUCGAAGAAGAGUCCAAGGAUCUGGCUGGCCGCCUGCAAUACUCCCUACAGCGUAUUCAAGAAUUGGAGCGGGCUCUCUGUGCUGUGUCUACACAGCAGCGGGAAGAGGACAGGAUGGAGGAGUGA